AUGGCGUGGGGAAACAAGACUGUGGUGACUGAGUUUGUCCUCCUUGGAUUCUCCUCAUCCUGGGAAGCCCGUCUCCUCUUAUUUAUGCUCUUCCUUUUCCUCUACACAGCCACCCUCUUUAGCAACCUUCUUAUUUUACUGGCCAUUUCCCAGGACCGCCAUCUUCUCCGUUCACCCAUGUUCAUUUUGCUGGGUCACUUGGCCUUCCUGGACCUCUUCCUGUCCUCCUUCGCCACACCCAGAGCCCUCUUUGACUUCCUCACCCAACGUCAGACCAUCUCCUUCCAAGGCUGCAUGGCCCAGAUCUUCCUCCUCCAUCUGUUUGGAGGCACUGAGAUGUUUCUUCUCAUGGCUAUGGCCUACGACCGCUAUGUGGCCAUCUGCCAUCCACUCCACUAUGCCUCACUCAUGAGUCAAUGCCAUUGUGUGGGGCUUGUGCUGGCCUCCUGGGCUGGAGGGCUCCUCCACACCAGUGUGCAGUUGGCUUUCACCAUUAAUGUCUCCUUCUGUGGACCCAACCACCUGGACAGCUUCUUCUGUGACAUCCCCUUGGUCAUCAAGUUGGCCUGCACUGACAUCUAUCUCCUGGAGAUCAUGAUGGUGACCAACAGUGGUAUCCUCUCAGUGGUUGGGUUCAUCACUUUGUUCGUCUCCUAUGGACUCAUUCUCUCAGCCAUCCAUUCCAGAGCUCCUUCUGAAGGGACUUCCAAGGCCAUCUCCACGUGCACUUCUCACCUCAUCGUGGUCACCAUGUACUUUGGGCCUUGUGUAUUUAUUUACCUGCGUCCAAAGACCCGCUUCACAAUUGAUAAAGUGUUGUCCGUCUUCUACACAGCUAUCACUCCCUUGCUCAACCCAGCCAUCUAUGCUUUGAAAAACAAGGAGAUGAAAUCUGCCAUGGGGAAGUUGUUGGGAAGAUAUUCUGCGAAGGUUUCCAGUCAGAUUCCAGUCAUUUCAGCAGCAGUGGUCACCUCUUGGAGAUGCAAGAGAAGCAGCCGUAAGGGUGGGCCAGGUGUUCAUUCAGCAUCACAGUUACCAAUUGCAUAA